AUGUUUCAGCGCUUCAGAUGUGGAAUUUUGGGAGGGGAUUUCCAACAGAGAGCCUUGGCAAAGCUAGCAGUUAUCAACUCACUGCCUGGACGUCCUUCACCACAGAGUUUACACAUAAAAGUUGGAGACAAAGCUCAACUUACCAAAGCUUUUACACAGAAUGAUGUUGUUACAUUUUCUGAUUUAACAGGCGACACGAAUCCUUUGCAUUUAAAUGAAGAUUUUGCGAAGCAAACAAGGUUUGGGAGAACUAUUGUACAUGGAGUUUUAAUCAAUGGACUUAUUUCUGCAGUUCUGGGCACUAAAAUGCCUGGCCAAGGCUGUGUGUUUCUUUCUCAGGAGAUCCGAUUUCCAGCUCCUUUAUAUACUGGUGAAGAAGUUGUAGCUGCAGCAGAAGUUAAGCGACUGAAGGGUUCUAUUGCACACAUCUCAGUAUCCUGUAAAGUCAGAGAAAAUGAAAAGACUGUUAUGGAAGGGAUGGUGAAAGUCCUGGUGCCAGGCAGUUAGAGCUGUUGAUCCUGUGCUGCUUUACUAUAAAGGUCAGAAAUAUAUGCUUUUUGGUUUGGUGGUUUUGA